CACCACGGGUCACUCAGUAAGCGUCGCGACGUCCGCGGCGUAGGGUGCAUGUGUAACAAUCGAGGGCUGACGAAGUGCUGAAAUGGGGCCAGAUGGGGGGUGGUGGACAUUUUCGGGUGACAUUGUCAAUAAGAAGAGAACCCGGCGCCGGUCCAGUGUUUUGCAAAAUGGAGACAUCAGCGAGAUUCCGCCAGUUGAAAACCGUCAAGCUGAGCUGUGAGGCGACCUACAGGCUAGACAUCAGUUUCAAGCCACCGCAACUAUUGCAAACACUGACGAUCGGUGGAAAGCAAAUCGAAGCGGUGGAAAGAGCGAGAGAUGGCACAGCGUGCGCUUACAGCGCUUAUCACAAUACCGAAGGGAUCGUCGCCAGCAACAGAGGACACCGUGAGGAACUGCAAAUUGCAAUGAGAGUAUUAGGAUCCGGUUACCUGACGACAUGCUUGCAGAUAAAAUACUACCGAGCUGAUGAUCAGAGCCAUUGCGAGUGGGGCUCACGUCUUCAUUGCAUAGAAUUGGAUUGCUCCAGCGUUGAAGGAAGAUUGGUAACGGUUGACAGGGAGACCUACAGAAAAUUGGGCAUCGAUUCUUAGCAUUCUGGGGAAAAAUGGAUUUCACGCAAUUAUGUAUUGUCCGCUAAAUUAUUACCUUAAACUCGCGAUUUAAUUGCUCAUAUACGAUUGCGGGCUGUGCUCUAUUUAUAAAUUAGUUAGCAAGAAAUAAAUGGGAGAGAGAGGAAUUCCCCUAAGGAUUUGCCAAGUUAACUACUAACUACAAUGAAAAUGUUACUCAAGAUAUGCCGACAAAUUGACCUCGACAUUGAAUAUACUGUACCGUUUACUUCUCACUCAUUAUUUUCAACAUACACAAUCUCAAAAGACUAAUUCUAAGAAGCGAAAUAAUACCGUAACGCAAUAUAUACAUGAGUCGGUG